AUGUCUGUAUUUUAUCACUGUACAAUGUGCCAACAUGCUAAUACAUCUAUUAUGGAUUUACAUAAUCAUCAUAUUCAACAUCACAAUUUAGAAGAACUAUCGCAAACUAUCAUUAAUCUCCAAGGCUUUAAAGUAUUAGACAAUAUAAAAUAUAUCAAAAAAAAAUAUUUGAAACCUAUAACUUUAGGCGAUGACAAUAAUAAUGAAAAUAUAUAUAACCAUAUUUUUACUAAACCUAAACAACAAAACAAUAGUAUAUACAAAAAUAAACAAGUAAUUCAUUCAUCAAGAAAAUUUAGUCAUGAUAACACAACUUGUUCAAUAAAUUGCAGUCAGUUUAUUGCCUGGGAGCAUGAAUUAAAUAAAAGAAAAGAGAUAAAUGAUGAAGAAUUUUUAAAUAUCAUUGAAGGUCUUUGUAAUGAUUUAAGUAAAAGGAAACAUAGAGGAAGAAAGAAAAAAGAUAAAAUAAGCAUGGAAAAGACGAAUACAAGAAAUAUCAUGCAACAUAUUGAAAAUAUUGUAGGUUUAGAGGAUAAAACUGUAACACAACUAAGUAUUGAAUCCUGCCAAACAGUAACAUCUUCUUUUGUGAAUACCAAAGAUUCAAAUGCUAAUACAAAUUUUAAUAAUGGAUUUCUUAUAUCUGAAAUAAAAAAUGAACCAGAAGACACUAGAAAUGAUGAGAUCACAACAUUACAAUUAAUUAGUAUUAAUAACAAAGAUAAUAAAGUUUUAAUGCCUUAUUCACCAUGCAACAAUUUUUCUUGGAAUUCUAUUAUUACUAUAAACGAUGAUGAAGAAAUGUCUGUUAAAAAAAAUGAUGUUUAUCCUGAAUCAGUAGAAAUUGAUAUUGAAAAUUUUUUUUGA